CCGAGCAUCAGCUCCGAGGUUAUUGUUGUUGUGCGGUCGAAAAUGUCCGCUCGUACUUUUGAGCCGUGGCGGCUUUUCGCUUGACACUUGCUCGCGUGUACAUCCGAGGCGCGUCGCGAGAGGCCCAGCAAACCGAGCCCCCUACGAGGUAACGUUCACGUCGCCCUCGUUGAGUUGCUGGGCUGGCCGCGCUCGGAUAACCUGCCGUUCGGACUCUUGGACGGUGUCCACUGCGUCCGGACAAUUUUUUCUUUUCCACUCUCCAGGAGGGGUAGAGAGAUCGGAACACGUGCCCGGGAAACGAGAUCGGUAAUAGUGGGAAAGGACCGCUGUGGAUUUUCAUUCGUUUCGGAGUGCUUUCUGUGAUAUCUAGGCCUUUGUGGGUCAAAAAAAAAAAAAAAAAAAAAAAAAAAACGACAACAACUUCGAGUGAAAUGGUCCUCUGCUAAAAAGGAUUGAAGGAGGAACAGGACCUUGUUCAUAUAGCACUUGGUUGUUACUCGGGAGAUUGGACUGUUUUUUUUUUUUGGUUUUUUUUUUUUUUUCGAAAGUGCAACUUACAUUCCUUCAUAUAUACGAGUGUGUGGAAGAGACUUUCUGCGCACAGUGCAACAGUCACAUUAGGUAUGCCUAGUAUCUAAUCUACUCUCGGCUACGACGGCUACUUCUAAAAACGGAGCACUGCAUACACAUACACAACGUAUAGAUAAUUAUUGUAUAGACACACACACGCGCACAAUAAGUGUAUGAGUAUAUAGUAUCGGUAUUUCGUACGAGGAGAAGCAUCAGCAGCCACGCGACAUGGGAUCUCGCAGAUGGUUUCAUCCGAACAUCACGGGCUUGGAAGCAGAACGGCUCCUAAUGGAACGGGGCUACGACAGUUCGUUCCUAGCGAGGCCUAGUACGUCAAACCCCGGGGACUUUACGCUAUCGGUCAGACGCAAUGGCGAAGUGACGCACAUCAAGAUACAGAACUCGGGUGAUUUUUACGAUCUUUAUGGAGGCGAGAAGUUUGCCACUUUGUCAGAACUCGUGCAAUAUUACAUGGAAAACGGUGGACAGUUGCGCGAAAAAAACGGCGACUCGAUUGAACUCAAGUAUCCGCUCAACUGCGCCGAUCCUACGACUGAGAGGUGGUUUCACGGCCACUUGUCGGCCAAAGAGGCAGAAAGACUGAUGGUCGAGCGCGGCAAGAACGGCUCGUUUCUCGUACGCGAGUCCCAAAGCAAACCCGGCGACUUUGUCCUCUCGGUACGCACGGACGAUCGGGUCACCCACGUAAUGAUCAGAUCUCAGGACAACCGAUACGACGUCGGAGGGGGCAACAAAUUCGACAGUCUGAGCGACCUGAUCGAGCACUACAAGAAAAACCCGAUGGUCGAGACGAGCGGUAGCGUCGUGCAUCUACGGCAGCCCUUCAACGCGACGCGAAUAAGCGCGAGCGGCAUCGAGAGCCGCGUCCGCCAACUGCACAAGGAAAACGGUUGCUCGAACGGCUGGUUGAGUCGCAGCAACGGCGCCAGCAGCCUCGCCGACGACGAGGACUCUGGUCGGGGCAACAAAGGCAAGGCCGGCUUCUGGGAGGAGUUCGAGUCGUUGCAGCAACUCGAGUGCCGACACCUGUUCUCGCGCAAGGAGGGCCUCAGGCCCGAGAAUCGCGCCAAGAACCGAUACAAGAACAUCCUGCCCUUCGACCACACGCGCGUCAAGUUGAAAGAUGUCGAUCCGAACUUGCCCGGCUCCGAUUACAUAAACGCCAACUACAUCAAAAACGAGGAGGAUUCGGGAUCGACUGUGAGCAGCGCGGACAGUGGACUGUUCAACAAGUGCUACAUAGCGACGCAGGGCUGCCUGCCGAACACUAUUGCCGAUUUCUGGCACAUGGUCUACCAGGAGAACACGCGGGUCAUCGUUAUGACCACCAAGGAAAUGGAACGGGGAAAAAACAAGUGCGCCCGGUACUGGCCCGAGGAGGGAGAAGUCAGCGAGUACGGCAACGAGUGGAAGGUCAGGGCGUUGAGCCGCACGUCGACGGCCGACUACACGCUCAGGGAGUUUUUGCUCCAGGGCACGAGGCCGGCGUUCAUGGAGCCACGGCGGAUCUACCAUUACCACUUUCAGGCGUGGCCGGAUCACGGAGUGCCGUCGGAUCCAGGCUGCGUUUUGAACUUUUUGCACGACGUCAACGCGAGACAAGAAUCGAUCACUGGAAACGGAUUACCCGCGCAGGGAUCGGUUGGGCCGAUCCUCGUGCACUGCAGCGCAGGGAUCGGUAGGACCGGCACGUUCAUCGUCAUCGACAUGAUCCUCGACCAGAUCAAGAGACACGGAUUGGAUUGCGAAAUCGACAUUCAAAGGACCAUCCAGAGGGUGCGCUCGCAACGAUCGGGAAUGGUACAGACGGAGGCGCAGUACAAAUUCGUGUACCUGGCCGUGCUGCAUUACAUCGAGACCGUGUCCCAAAGAAUGCAAGCCGAACAGAAGUCGCUGCAACUCGGCAGGGAGUACACGAACAUCCGGUACAAGAGCGAGGGUAUAAGCGAGACGCCGGCCGUGACGCCCAACCCGGCGACCGUUUCCACGGCGAGUUUCACCCUAUUGGCGUCCGGCAGUGGUCUUAGGCCGAAGUAAGGAAGAAAAAAAAACAAAAAAAAAAAACAGGGGAGUCAAAUUUUGAAUCUCGCUCGGCAGGAUAACGGAGAUUAUGAACAUUGAUAUGGAUACUGGAUGUCUUUAUAUGCGCGCGAGUACGUGUCGUCGAUGAUCCCAUGCUGUACUUUGUUUAUCUAUGAUUAUAUCUAUAGGAAUACGUAGCUCGGAGCUGGUGCGCUUUUGUUUGUUGGGCCUAUUUUCGAUGAGGAACCUAAUCUGUGUUAAUUAUAGGCAUAUUGAUGGUUAAAAAAAUUAAUAAGUAAAGUGAUUUAAUGCCACAAUUGGAUAAAUGGUUCUAACUUACACACUCCAUGAGCCUAUAUGGGAUGGAUCGAUAAACACGUGAUAUAUGUAUACAUGUACGCAUGUUUCCUGAUUUACCUUUUUUUUUAUUUUUUAUUAUUUUUUUAAGUUUUCGCGCAAUUGUUUUGCGUCCCGAAACGAGAUUUCAGGUACUUGAUUGUGACUAGAAAAAAAGACACAGAACCUUGAAUAAAAGAUGCCUUUUUUUUGUUUAAGCACAUGUAUAAAUACGUGUAAAUGUUAGCGACGAGGCGAGUCUCGAGCUAUUGGUUUGAUUUAUAUAGAGCGAACGUUUCAAGCUUCGAUAUCGUCGCAAAAUUAAACGAUAGUCUUCCCUAGUUAGAAAAUUCCAUUGAGAACGUUGAGGAACAAAAAAAAAAAAACAUUUUUAUCACGAGUUUUGUAUUUUCUCUCGGGCUUACGCCAAAAUUGUUCAAUAAGAUAUGAAAAAAAAAGAAAAAAAAAACUUGAUUAUAAUUCUCACUUGAUGAUUAACAUUGUAAUUGUGCAUGAAUUAAAUGCAAUCGAUGAUACAUAAAAAUAAAUCUUACCCAAAUCAUUUUUA